GUUUAGACACUCGUACUAGGUCUUGUUUCAAUUAGGCACCUGAACACAUUUAGAUACUUCUGAUUCAUAUCCUGCAAAAGCUUUUGAGUACAUUUUCAAGUGCUUAUUAUGUAGCCAAGUUAAUCAAAUAAAAUAUAACACUUUCUUUAAUUACACACAUUAGCCUCGAUUGGAACAAACCUGAGGUUUUUCGGCUUAUUUAGGCUAAUGCGCAUAACUUGAGGAGGUAACAUAUUGUAAAUGGUUAACUUAUCUAAGUAAUAGACGUUUGAGAAUAUACAUAUAAACGUAGCACUUUUAUUGUAGCAAUUUUGCUAAAAAUAGCCUCCCUCUCCAUUUGUAAAACACACCUUAUUCUUCCAAUAAGUGUUCUCUCUCUCAAGAAAACUUGGUCAGAGUUUGCUCCCUCUUUGUAUUUUGAAAGUUCGUUUGAUAUGUAUAUCAAAGUUCAAUUUUUUAACUUGCAUUUUUCAUUACUUCUGUUAACCAUCAUUUUCAUUGUCGUUAUUACUUAUGUUGGCACCUCCACCUACUUUUAAAUUGGUGAAUUGCAUUAUCUAAUAUCAUGGUUGGCUCUGUUGCCUAAUUUAUUUAUUGCAUUUGCAUUUACAUUCUUGCAUAUUUACAUUUAAGUAUCGUUCUUUUGCUUCCUAUCCUCCUUCCCGGUAUUUCACCGCUAUUAUAUUAGUUCUCUCAUCAUGAACCAGGUGUCACUCAUGUGUUAGUCACUGGAGGUGCUGGAUAUAUUGGAUCGCAUGCAGCAUUACGUCUUCUAAAAGAUUCUUACCGAGUGACCAUAGUGGACAACCUUUCACGAGGAAAUUUAGGUGCUGUAAUGAUUCUACAGGAAUUAUUUCCUGAACCUGGCAGGUUUCAGUUCAUAUAUGCUGAUUUGGGGGAUGCCAAAGUGGUGCACAAGAUAUUCUCCCAAAACGCAUUUGAUGCGGUCAUGCAUUUUGCAGCUGUAGCAUAUGUUGGCGAGAGCACCCUUGAUCCUCUAAAGUAUUAUCACAACAUUACAUCAAACACCCUCACUGUACUAGAAGCAAUGGCAACUCGUGGAGUCCCAACUUUAAUUUACUCUAGUACAUGUGCAACGUAUGGAGAGCCUGAAGAGAUGCCGAUUACAGAAGAAACUCCACAGCUGCCAAUUAAUCCAUAUGGAAAAGCAAAGAAAAUGGCGGAGGAUAUCAUCCUAGAUUUUCACAAGAACUCAAACAUGUCUGUCAUGAUUUUGAGAUACUUCAAUGUCAUUGGUUCUGAUCCAAAUGGAAGACUAGGUGAAGCUCCACGACCUGAACUACGGGAACAUGGCCGGAUAUCUGGUGCUUGUUUUGAUGCAGCUCGUGGAAUCAUACCUGGGCUUAAGGUAAGAGGAACAGACUAUAAGACAGCAGACGGUACCUGCAUAAGGGAUUAUAUAGACGUGACCGAUCUGGUUGAUGCUCAUGUUAAAGCUCUUGAGAAGGCUAGGCCAGGGAAAGUUGGGAUCUACAAUGUUGGAACAGGAAGAGGCAGAUCAGUGAAAGAAUUUGUGGAGGCUUGUAAGGUAGCAACUGGAGUACCUAUCAAAGUUGAGUUCCUUCCCCGUAGGCCUGGUGAUUAUGCAGAAGUUUACAGCGAUCCAACUAAGAUUAGGAAUGAACUGAACUGGACAGCCAAAUACACUGAUCUUCAACAGAGUUUGCAGAUUGCAUGGAGAUGGCAGAAGUCACAUCUUAAUGGUUAUAGUUUAUCGGUGGCAACAUCCUGAUGACGCCUCUAUCAACUUAUGGUUGUUUAAGACUUGACUUGAACCUGGUGUCACAGCUGAACUUAACGUCGAACUAUUAGUAUCCAUAAAGUACAAUUUUCAAGGCCAAGAGGGGUAUGAUGUGUAUUGUGACAAUAGGCAGCAGUUUAUUUACCCAUUUGUUAUGUGUAUUUAGUAAAAGGGAUAUUUCAAAUCAAUAAUAGUUCCCAUUCAGGUAUAGCUUCCAUCUGUUUUACUUCCUUUUUUGUGUACAUUCUAUUAUUUUAUUCUUUUUUGU